AUGCGUUCAAGGAGGCUGGGCUAUAAGGCAUCCCCAAGCUUAUCCGUGCCUUCGGCUGAGACUCACGAUUCAGAUAGGGACAUUUCGGUCGCAAUGGACGAUGGGAAGAUAGUGUUGAUUGGAAAUGAAACGGAUAUCUUACAUUGUGGUUAUAGCCAUGCGUUACGAGAUGGUGAUAAAAGGUAUCCAUCAGCAGAUCACUACGCACAUGCUAUGAUCUUAACGCAGUUGAGUCUUGAUGAAUCACUCAUAUUGGAGCUGCUUUGUACAUCAAGUGCUGAUGUUCCUAUCAAGGCUCGGCAGUUGCUGAAGGAGAAUAUGCCGGCGGGGCAUGAUAUGAACUCGUUAGCUGCUUAUCUUCAAACAAGCCGGCAGUCUUACACAAUGCAAGGAUUGCGGUUGCGUGUCGAGCAAGAUGCAGGUAAACGAGAUCCAAUCAGCUUCAUUCAUUUAUUCGAUCUCUUGCCAAAAGUUUGA